AUGCAAAGUGUCUGUGGAUUGUACCAAGUGUACGAAGAUUCAAGGCCUAUCCUAUUCGACCACAUGUUGACACGGAAAUCAGAUUUUCCGGGGAUCUGGGAGGUUUAUUGCUCAAAGUGUGGAAAGCCUUACUACUUCUACAAAGACGAUGGGGCAGAGCGGUUGUACCUUGAUGCAACAUACAUGGUGUGCAUGCAAAAGAUGAGACAAAAUACUUAG